CAUUAUACUCAUUCAUAAAAUAACAAAAGAAAAAAAAAAAAAAAACAGAAUAAAUCUCUAAACGUUUCUUGGUUCAGCAAUUAAUCGUUUAAUUUGAUUAAUUUGAUUUGAAAUUCGAUCAUUCAAUUCUGACCGUUGAUUUCAUCGGUUCUCUUUUCAAUCGUUGGUUUUUUUUUUUUUUUAUCGUCGUGAUGGAAGUCCGGCCCAAUCAAACGGUGGACAAUUCGUCGACAUCCGGGCGACAGCAUCACAGCCAUGCGGCCGCCGCUGCAUCUAAACAACCUGUUUCCGCUACCAACGCUGUGGACACCACUUCCGUUACUCAAAGGCUUCAAAAGGAGCUGAUGGCUCUCAUGAUGAGUGGAGGAGAUCUUGGAGUGUCUGCUUUUCCUGAAGGGGAAAGCAUUUUUACAUGGAUUGGCACAAUUGAGGGUGGAAAGGGAACUAUGUAUGAGGGUUUAUCGUACAAACUUUCCUUGCAUUUCCCAUUGGACUAUCCUUUCAAGCCACCUCAAGUAAAGUUUGAGACAAUGUGCUUUCAUCCCAAUAUCGAUCAGUUUGGCAAUAUUUGCCUUGACAUUCUUCAGGAUAAGUGGUCUUCUGCUUAUGAUUGUCGAACCAUUCUUUUGUCAGUUCAAAGUCUACUAGGAGAGCCAAAUCCAGAGAGUCCUCUCAACACCUAUGCGGCGGCACUGUGGAACAAUAAGGAAGAUUACAGAAAAAUGGUCCAAGAACAGUAUUAUGGUGGAAAAGCAUUUGAGAGCUGAUAUGCACAAUCCAUUCUUUCAUUACAUAUCAGCCAGCAUGUCUUUUCCUGACUGAAUUUCUUGGUAAAGCUCCAAGGAAAGAGCAGAUAAUUCAGAAUUUAAUAGCAGUGGCCUCAAUCAAGGUAUAUUCCAAUGGUAAUCCGUAUCGAUUUUAUGUCUUGUUACGAAAGAAACACAGGAACUUUGAAUAAAUCUGUCAUCAAUAAGUUGCUUGCUACAUCUCUCUGGUAAUUGCAAAAUUGCAAAAUAAAGUCCUAUAGAAGUUGUAAAUUUGUUGAGUCAAUUGAAAAAAGGGGUUUCAUAUUUUUCCUGUUUGAUUGAAAUUGUAAUUCAAUAAAUCCUUGUGGAGUUUAACCAAAUGAAAAAUUGAUGCAUUGCCUUAAAAAGGAUUGAUGCAUUGCCUUAAAAAGGGGCUUUUUCUUCUUUGGAUGCUUAAUUCCUCAAACCAUGAUCGAUGUAUGUAGAUAUGUGCGUUAUACUGUAAUAUACAUUAUAUUGCAUUCUGAGCAAAAGAAAUAUUAUAUCUGAUAUAUCUGAUA